GCUCGGUGCCGGCUGCUGAGGGAGCGCCUUUGUGCCGGGAUUGGGGACCCUGCGACGGCCGCUGCGCACCCGGGUCCACUGUUUCGUUUCUCCUUCUCUUCCGGGCAGGUGCUGGAGGCGCGCGGGGCCCGCAAGUGCCAAAGCCGCGACAGGAGCAUCGUGACCCGCCGGCGCCGAACAGGGGGGCAUCCCCGGGCGCGCGGCGGGAGAUGAAGUACCUUAAGCGGUGGUGGUCGGACGGCGGGGGCCUCCUGCACCUCACCAUCCUGCUGAGCUUGGCGGGGCUGCGCGUAGACCUGGACCUCUACCUGCUGCUCCCGCCGCCCACCCUAUUCCGGGAUGAGCUCCUGCUCCUGGGCUGCCCGACGAGCUCCGCCUACGCGCUCAGGCCAUUCCCGGCCUCGGGAGGGUGGCGGCGCGCGGACCAGCUGCACCCCAAGUGCCGAGAGUUGGACCCCGCGGCGCUGCCUGAGGGCCAGCUGCUCCGGGAGGUGCGCGCGCUUGGGGUCCCCUUCAUCCCCCGCACCCGGGUGGAUGCAUGGCUGGUGCACAGCGUGGCUGCUGGCAACGCCGACGGGGCCCACGGGCUACUGGGCGCUGCCGCCUCUGCCUCAUCGGAGGGAGGAGUCGACGCCAGCGUGGACGGCGGCAGCCAGGCGGUACCAGCGGGCGGCGGGGACCCCCAGGAGGCUCGAAGUGGCCCUUUGGCCGCCGGGGAGGAGGAGAAUGCACCAGUGGAACCGACGGUAGAGGUACUGGACGCCGGGGGACGCGCGAGCGAGGAGAUUGAGGUACUGAGAGAGAGGCUUGAAGCUGCUGGGGGUUACAGUUCCCAGCAUGAGGAAAAUCAGCAAAGGGUGUCAGUUCAGGAGGAAUCACUACAGCAGAAUAAUGAAGAUGAGAAUAACAUAGCAGAGAAACCUGACAAGGAAUCUGAAAAGAGCAAUGAAUCUAGAAGUGAGAGACAUCUAAAUGUGACAGACACAUCUUUUUGUCUACAAGAUUUAUUUCAGUUGCUUUCAUCACACCCUGAACAUUCUUCACUGGAGGGCAUUUCACUGGGAGAUAUUUCUCUUCUUCCAGGCAGUAGCAAUGAUGGCAUGAAUUCCUCAGCACAUUACAAUGUAAAUUUUAGUCAGGCUAUAAGCCAAGAUGUGAAUCUCCAUGAGGCCAUGUUGCUGUAUCCCAACAAUACAUUUAGAAGAGAUCUAGUAGCAAGGACUUCACAGCCACAAGAACCAUUUCUACAGUUAAAUUUUACCACCAAUCCUGAGCAGAUUCUUUCUGGAACUAAUUUGACAGGAUUUCUUCCACCCGUUGACAAUCAGAUGAGGAAUCUAACAAGCCAAGAACUUCUUCAUGACCUUGACGUAAACGUAUUUGGUGAGAUAAAUUUGAUGUCUUUGGCCAUGGAAGAAGGUUUUGAUCCAGUGGAAGUUUCCCAGCUUUUCGAAGAACCAGAUUCUGAUUCUGGGCUUUCCUUAAAUUCAAGUCACUGUAGUACCUCAGUCACGAAGUCUAAUUCCUCCCACUCUGUGUAUGAAGAAGGGGCUACAGGCUAUAGUGAUCUUGAAUCUUUUCCCCAUCAUGACUUAGAAGGAGCUGUAGGCUACUCCCCAGAGCCUAGCAAGCUUUGUCACAUGGAUCACAGGAGUGAUCCUGGUCUUCAUGAGGAAAUUGCAUUUCAACACAUAUUUCAUAACCAUACUUACCAUUUACAGCCAAAUGUACCUGAAUCCACUUCUGAAUCUUUUUCAUGGCCUGGGAAGUCACAGAAAAUAAGUAGGCUCCUCAAUGACACAGAUAGAAACUUAAGCCGUGAUGAACGACGUGCUAAAGCUCUGCGUAUUCCUUUUUCUGUAGAUGAAAUUGUUCGCAUGCCUGUUGAUUCCUUCAACAGAAUGCUGAGCAGGUGCUAUCUGACAGACUUACAAAUAUCACUUAUCCGUGAUAUCAGACGAAGAGGGAAAAAUAAAGUUGCCGCUCAGAACUGUCGUAAACGCAAAUUAGAUGUAAUCUUGAAUCUAGAAGAUGAUGUAUGUAACUUACAAGCAAAGAAGGAAACUCUUAAGCGAGAGCGAGCCCAGUGUAACAAAGCUAUUAACAUAAUGAAACAGAAACUGCAUGACCUUUAUCAUGAUGUUUUCAGCAGGUUAAGAGAUGACCAAGGUAGGCCAGUCAAUCCAAACCAGUAUGCUCUUCAGUGCAGCCAUGAUGGAAGUGUUUUGAUUGUACCCAAGGAACUUGUGACCUCAAGCCACAAAAAGGAAAACCAAAAGGGAAAGAGAAAAAGUGAGAGAAGAAACUGAAGAUGGACUCCAUUUUAUGGAUAUAGUAGUAAUAUUGAGAAACUGGUGUUAGCUGGAUCACAAACCACUGAAACUAAAGUUUAGCUUUUUUUGAGUUGAGAUUUUAUAUACAAAAUAUAACUAGUGUUUUAGUAUCUUCAAUUACUACUACUUAAAUCACCCAAUUAAGAGUACACUUUAAAGCUUACAUGGUCAAGAAGUUUAGGACUUCAAGGUCAGACUUGUGGGAAAUUUGGGGGAAGCCACUUUUCACGAAGUCCUCUUACUAUAAGGUUUACACAUAAUAUGCUCAUGUUACCAGGUAACAUGAAAACCUGCUAUGACUAAUCAUUUGGUAGCCAUUUUUGUUAAGAUGGUCACUUCAACAAGAGCAAACACUGCAUCUAAAUUAAGAUGUAUUCAUUUUUUAUGACUUGAAAUGCAAGUAGCCUUUUUUCAUUUGGUCUCUUAGCACUGAAAUAUACUGAAAGCUUUUCAAAAGCUAUUUAAUUUUUAUGAACAUUUAUAACUGUGAAAAUAAAUUUUAUAUUUGAAAUCAUUAAAAAAUUCUUUUCUAUUUUAUACAGAAAUUCUAACCAAAUUUACCUUAGAUAUUUUUCUCCCAAAAUACCCACAUUCAGGAAUAGAGCAGAAUAUCUAGCAGACAGGGCAGCACUGUGAUCAUUAAGAUUUUUUUUUACAAAUAUACUGCUUACUUGGACAGCUCUAAAAUCAAGGUGUCAAAAAACAAAGAGCGCUUUAAAAUAUUAGCAUAUUAGGCUUUAAUGCCUGGGCUCCAAAGUCUCUAGUCAUAGCUGGAAGAGGUUAGCCUGCAGGCCUUCCCCUGUAACUAGGGAAAAAACAGCAACCUGCAUACAGGGAAAUAGAGCUCCUUAUACGAAUUUUUUUUUUUUUUAAUUACCAAUCAGGAAGCAGCAAGGAAUCUGCCAUCUGAAGUUAUGGGUUAAAAAUAGCCACCUCAAAUUCACUGUGUGGUAUGACUCACUCCGAGCAAGAAAAGGUAUAUUGGCCUAUUAAACCCAUAGGGUCCCUGGCAGCCCUAAGGCCAGCUGGUAGAGGUGUUCCCAGAUCCUAGAACAUACAGGUGUCACCAAAAAACUCAUGAAGCUUAUUGUCAACACAUUACAAGCCAUAUGAAGAAUACCUACCAGUCAGCAAAUGACACAGACUUUACAAAAACUAGAAAUAGGAACCAUCUGAAAGACUUUUAAAUGUCUAAAAUGGGCAAAAAGAACCAUGUGGUUAAGAACAGGAGAGUAAGAAAAAGGUGGAUUUGAAAAUCAAAUAGCAAUCCUAGUAGUAGUAAAAAUAAAACCAAUUUAACAGAAAACAAGUGAUUGUGAAUUUUCUUAAGAUAGCUAUGACAAUUCCCAAAUUACCAAGUUUUGGGAACAUCAAUGUUUUUAAAAACGUUAACAAUAUGUACCAGUAGUCCAAAUCACACAC